CUCUCUCUCUCCUCACACACACACACGCUCUCACACACACACAUACGCCAGAGCUGACACUGCAGCAGAAAAACAGGCCGGCAGGAUUUCUCCCCGGCUGUAGCGUAGCGUCAGAGAGGGACUCCAUCGGCUGUGAGAGAGAAGGACCGUCUUCAUGGAUGCUCUGUCGAGGAGUACCUGACCAGACGCAACAGGCUUUGUGUGUUAGUGUGUCGGGUCCGUUUGUGUGAGCACCGCAGCAGGAGCAGCAGCACUGCAGAUGCUGACUGAAUCUGGGGCUUGGCUCAACGCCUCAUCCUCCCCUCCCCCCCUUGGAGCAUCGACGUGGAAAAGAAGAUCCAUCGCUCUCAACCUCUGUGUGUGUGUCAGUGAACGUGGGUGUUUGUGUAAGAGCAGAGCUGGUGUGUCAUUCACUGCUCUGCCAGCGUAUCCGUGUCGUCGGCCCUCUCCCUGUCCCAGAAUGCUUCGCUCUGCGCCCCUGUGCUGAGCGGCGUUGGGCAGUAUGGGCGCUGCGCUGGCCGGGACCCCCCCCACGGAUCUAAGCUGCCCCCCCGGGACGGGCGCACACCGCACCCCUGCUGAUGGGCGAGGACACUGACACCACCCGAACACUCAACCACGGCUUCCUCCGAGACCACAACUAUGUGACUGAAGGUAAGAGAAGGGGAAGGGUUCCAUGUGUGUAUGCGUGUGAUCUAUAUAUUGUAUGUUUUGUGUGUGUGUGUGUGUGUGUGUGUUCUACGACUCUUUAUGUAAGUUUAUGUGUGAGAGAAUGAUUUCUUUUUUGUUAAUAUAGGAUGGAUCUAUAAUCUUUUAUAAGAGGAUCUAUAAUCUUUCACACAAGUUAAAGUCACUUACAGUUAGUAUAGUAGACCUAAACAGGGCCUGGAGCACUUCUCUCCCUCCUCUCUGCUCUUUUCUUUUGUACUAAUCUCUUUUAAAUACCGUUUUUCCCUCUAUUCUCUCCUCCCGCUCUUCUGUCAUCCCUCUCCAUCCUUUAGCUCUGAUCUCUCCUUUAUUUCUCUCUCUCUCCUCUCUCUCUCUCUCUCUCUCUCUCUCUCUCUCUCUCUCUCUCGUCCCUCUGUGGUUGUGUCAAUGUGUGAUACUGUUCAAGGCCACUCCUUUACCGUCAGAGCACUGUGUCUGAGCACUGUGUCUGAGCUCUGUGUCUGAGUCUGUGUAUAUGUGUGUGUGUACAGUAUGUUUGUUUGUGCAGGUUUGUGACUGUUUGUCUCUCUGUAUUGUACAUACAGUGCAUGCAUAUAUGCAAAUGACUCAUUUAUUUUUGGGUCUGAAAUUAAAGCACACCAGAAAUGUUUACUGAAAUCUAACAUUAUUGUGUUACAUUCAUCCAAGUCCCCUCUGACAUGGUACAUUUAUAGGAUGAGAUGAUAGUAUUCAUCAUAUACACUAAUAACACAUUUAAUACCGGUGCAUGUUUAGCUCUAAACCCCCACGCCCUCACACUCUCUCUCUCUCUCUCUCUCUCUCUCUCUCUCUCUCUCUCUCUCUCUCUCUCUCUCUCUCUCUCUCUCUCUCUCUCGCUGGUUAUUGUUGAGUGUGCGUGGGCGGGCGGGCGGGCGGGCACCUGACCGUCGAGUGACGUGCGUCAGAACAGAGGAGGAAGUUGUCUGUGUUUCAUCACGGUAUCAGAGUUCAGGAUUAAUCUCUUAAUAUCCCUCUGUACUCCUGUUAAUCUGAACUAUACACUGCUAAUCUGGCGGGAACACUGGGUUGCUUUCACACAGCAACAUUGUUCAGCAGCAUGACUGAGAGGCAGAGAUUAUAAUUCCCGAAUGUUAAGGUGUCGUGAGCCUUGCAUGUCCCUAUCUAGAUAAUCCCAUUACAUCCUGUGUUUCUUUCUGUUGCUUAUAUAAUUUCACUUACACAGAACUGUGUGUGUGUGUUAGUGUGUAUGAAUGAACAAUGUCUCAUACAGGAGUGUGUGUGUGUGUGCGUGCGUGUGAUACUACUGCCUCUGAAAUACUUAUUUCUCUGUGUGUGAAUGGAUACUGAAAACCAUACCUUGUUUUUAACGAGGGUGUGUGUGGAACGUGUUUUCCAUUGAAUGCACUCAGUCUUCCAUACAUCAUCCAUCCCUCACCAUGGAAACUGAACAGGAAGAUAAACACGGUGGGUUCGGAGUGGCCUUGGGUGAUUGACAGGCUAGCCCCGCCCUCUAAUAAUAGCCAUAUUAAUGAAUCAAUUCACAGCCAGUCACUGAUUAUUCACAGAGAAUCGCUGAUGAGCAGAAAUACAGACCUACGUGACUCCUGUCCAGACAAAGAGGUGUAAUGUAUUAGAGGGACCGUUCACCUAGUCCUCAAGCAUACAUCAUAGUAUUUCCAUACAGUAUGUCUCUGAAAAUCUUAAAGAGAAGAGAGUUUUAUACAAUAUAUACUAUGGCGUUUUAGUAUCUUUGGAGUGUAGAAACACAGGAAUAAACAGAUCCCAUAGUCCCAGGAGGAUUAGGAUGUUGUAUGUACUGGUAUACAAUAUGCUUCAGCAUCAUCCCCUCCUCAUCCACCCCGACUCUUAUCUCUCCACUUCCCCCGUCUUCCUCCUAUCUAACCCUCUCUCCUCUAUUCCUCCACCCCCUCUCCAUUCUUCUCCUGAUGUUACUCAUUACACUGGCUAGUGAUGAACAAUUAACAGAACUAUAGUCAUCCCUAUUCAAUAACUGUGUGUGUGUGUGUGCAGGGCUCUAAAUUAACAUUUUUUAUUUGUGGUACUGGUGUUUGUGUGUUUUUCUGUCUGUUACUGUAUAUACAGUAUGUGUUUGUGUGUCUGUCUCUCUGUCAGUGUGUGUGUUCGUUGUAUGUGUGUGUGUACGUGUGCACACACAGCAGUGUAUCUGUAGCAAUGUCAGGAUCGAGGCCUCUCCAGUCUCCAGGGGUUUUCUGCCCUAGGCUCAAAGAGGGGAGGAUAUUUAACCCCCUCACCCUUUCCCCCCGUCCCGCUCCCCCUCUCUCCCCGCUCCUGCCCUAUAGAGUCCUUCUCUCUCCCUGUACAGCACUCUCUCCUCUCCUGUCCUUUGGCUGUGGGUGCCAGGACAGUGGUGGUAGGAUGGUGAAACAGAGAUGUUAAUGAUAAUAAUAUCACCAAUGAUCACAAAACCAUGACAACAUGCAUGAUUUGUUUGAAUCAGUCACUACAGUACUAACAAUGUAUCCAUUAAUUUCAUAGUAGUGCAGAUGAAGGAAAGUGGACACUUUAGACAUUUGAGAUGACCCACGCCACCUCCCUCCCUCCCUCCCUCCCUCCCUCCCUCCCUCCCUCCCUCCCUCCCUGUUUAAUCCCUCUGGAUGGUUGUGAUGCAGUGUAACUGAGACCCUGCUGCCCCCCUCUUGCAGGGCUGCUCGUGGCUUUUGCCUGAAGAGCCCCUCCCCGCCAGGCCCUGCCUCCUCCCCUCUCCCGGACUCCUCCCCCAGGAUGUUGAACCCCAUCCAGGUCCUGUCCUCCGACAUCACUUCCCUCUCUCUGGAGCCCGAGCCGUUUGCCUCUUACACUGAAGGUGUGUUUAUACUGUAUACCGUAUAAAUUAAUGACCAAUGAAUCACCUAUUCAGAUCUAUCGAGACCCAGAGCACUGUGUGUGCACGUGUGCGUGCGUGUGCAUAUGUCUGUCUGUGUGUCUUUGUGUGAGUGCGUGUGUGUGUACGAGGGACUGUCUAUUUUCAUCUGUGUGAAUAUAUGUGGGACUAUUUGUGUGAGACUGUUUGUGUCUGUCUGUCUCUGUGUGCAUCUGUCUCUGUGAGUGUAUGUAUCUCAGCGUGUGUGUCAUUGAUUUCCUGAAAUAGAGUUUGACCAGACGAACUCCAGUGUCACAGAGGACGUAUCUUUUCCUACACUCAUUAAUACUGGAGUCAGUGCUGUGGGGAAGAGGACUAUCCCUGCACACACAUAUCCAUCCAUUCUUCAUGGGGAUAUUAGACAAUAGAUAGUAUAUGAGAUGCGAAGCUAUGGAUAAAAUGGAUUGGGCAUAGAUCCGGUAUAGAUUUUACAUAGAAGCUAAUCCCUGACAUGUAUAGGGGUUAUAUGAGUAUUUACUGUAGCUCUCUCUCUCUCUCUCUCUCUCUCUCUCUCUCUCUCUCUCUCUCUCUCUCUCUCUCUCUCUCUCUCUCUCUCUCUCUCUCUCUCUCUCUCUCUCUCUCUCUCUCAUCUCUCUCUCUCUCUCUCUCUCUCUCUCUCUCUCUCUCUCUCUCUCUCUCUCUCUCUCUCUCUCUCUCUCUCUCUCUCUCUCUCUCUCUCUCUCUCUCUGAUUGUUUCCAUAACCAAGCAUCUCCCUCCCUGUUUUAUACAAUAUAUACUAUGGCAUUUUAGUAUCUUUGGAGUGUAGAAACACAGGAAUAAACAGAUCCCAUAGUCCCAGGAGGAUUAGGAUGUUGUAUGUACUGGUAUACAAUAUGCUUCAGCAUCCACCCUGACUCUUAUCUCUCCACUUCCCCCGUCUUCCUCCUAUCUAACCCUCUCUCCUCUAUUCCUCCACCCCCUCUCCAUUCUUCUCCUGAUGUUACUCAUUACAUUGGCUAGUGAUGAACAAUUAACAGAACUAUAGUCAUCCCUAUUCAAUAACUGUGUGGUGUGUGUGUGUGCAGGGCUCUAAAUUUAAAAAAAAUCUUUAUUGUGGAGGGUAAUUGAGUGUAUGUGGGCUCCCGAGUGGCGCAGCGGUCUAAGUCACUGCAUCUCAGUGCUUGAGGCGUCACUACAGACCCCCUGGUUCGAUUCCAGGCUGUAUCACAACCGGCCGUGAUUUGGAGUCCCAUAGGGCGGCGCACAAUUGGCCCAGCAUCAUCUGGGUUUGGCCGGUGUAGGCCGUCAUUGUAAAUAAGAAUUUGUUCUUAACUGACUUGCCUAGUUAAAUAAAGGUAAAAAAUUUUUUUUUUACAAAUGUGCACAGACACGUACAAACACACAACCCCACCCACACACGUCCCCUUCUGGGUGUUGGUUUGACCAUGCUGUUAAGAGAGAGGUAUUGGUAGUAAUGUUUACCCAGACCAGAGAUUACUGUAAUUGGAACAGUAGGACAUCAUCCUCCCCUCAUUCUCCUCCUUAUCGACCCUUCAGCACUUUGUGUCUGUGUCACAGUGUGUGUAUUUGUGCUUAUGUGUUGGAGUGUGAAAAGUAUCUUAUGAUUUGGGUGCUGAGAUUAGUGUGUGAAGGACACGUGUGUUUAUGUGUUAGUUUUGUGAAGGACAUUUUCAUGCUAAAGUGAGCAUGUACAUUUAUAUGUAUCAGAGGAGGCUGGUGGGAGGAGCUAUACCACAUGUUUGACUCUGUUCCAAUCAUUCCAUUCCAGCCAUUACAAUUACCCUGUCCUCCUAUAGCUCCUCCCACCAGCCUCCACUGGUAUGUAUGCUCUGUGUGUGUGCUUGGAGAAACUGUAUGUGCCGUGUGUGCCUUGAUGUGUGUGUGCUCUGAGAUAUAUGAGUGUGUGUGUAACUGCGUAUGUACUGUGAGGUCUGGGUGUCCUGUGUGUUUUGUGUGUGUGUGGCGGCGGCGGUCCGUGCAGUGAGUUGCUGCGACGCCGCUCCAGAUUGAAUUUGGGCUGUUUGUGGACUAGGCAGGGCAGGCCCAUUAUGUCCCCCAGAUUGAUGAUUCCUGCUUCUCUUGCUACUGCCUUCCUCUCCUACCGGGCUGCUGCUGCUAGAGCCAGACCACUUCAGCCUGUUGCCAUGGCAACCCCAUGCACGAACAAUACCCCCCCCAGUCCCCCACUGCCCUGUACACGCAAACACACACACAUUGCCUGACAUACAGAGAGAGAGAGAGAUAAUUCUAUUCAUAACAGCAGUUCUGUUAUUAUUAUCAGUACCAUGAUUUAUAGACACUUUACUAAUGGUUAAUAACCUAUUUGAUCAUGGUUUAAACACAGUUUAUAGGCAGACCUUCUAAUAAAACAAAUACCUAUUAUCAAUAGAACCAGUUAGGCUUAGUGGGGUCGGAUACAACCGGAUGCAUCUGGUUUUUAGGGGAAAUGGAAAGCGAGCCUGUGACGCGACUUCCGCUUUUGGGCGUUAACAAGGCGACACUCCAUCUUAACUCCUCCUCCACAUUUACUGGAUUGGUUGAACAGUGUAGAAGAGAACCUCUCCCGGCAGUUUUUUUUUCUUCUUGUCAGGCCAUUAAUUGACUGUGAAUACCACUGUAAUCUAAUGUAAGAUUUAAUCAGUCAGCGGUAAGUAAGAGAUGCUUUUUGACAGGAAGGUCCCUGGCUGCUAACACAGGCCUUCUCCUCCUCAGACUGGCCCGUAGUGUCUCAGAAAGACACUGGGACGGUUAGUAGAGGUAGGAGGGUUAGGAGCAUUCACAACAUUCACUAUUCACUCACCGCUGUUCACUGUUCAGUCUGUGCAUCAGUGUGGUCGCAGUAUGUCAGAAGCAGGCUUAGAUAAUAGCACCUGUGUCUGAUGUGAGAUUUGGUGUGUGUGUGUGUGUGUGUGUGUGUGUGUGUGUGUGUGUGUGUGUAUGUGUGUGAGCUUUGACUAGUUGUCUGUUAGUUUUUCACUCUGUUUGUCAGAACCUAACAGUGGGUUUGGUUGAAUGUUCAUUUUUAUUCAUUCAUUUAUGUGUUUACUUGCUGCAUUGUUGGGUGAUGCUGUUUACAGUGCCAUCUGAUAAUGAACAAUUAAUUAUGCUGAAUGUUUAUCUUCGCGCUGUUCGCUUAUAGCUACUCUCUCUCUCCCUUCUCUCUCCAUUCUCCAUUCUCUCUCCCUCCCAUCUCUCUCUAUCUCUUUCUCUCUCCCUCUCUCUUUCCUGUCUGCAGCUGAUAUCAUCUCCACUGUAGAGUUCAACCACACUGGAGAGCUCCUGGCCACAGGGGAUAAGGGGGGGCGAGUGGUCAUCUUCCAGAGGGAACCUGAGGUAGGUACACACACAUACAAACACCCACACAGACCUGGCACUGUGUGUGUUCAUUAUAUAGAUGUUCGGGAUAAGGGUCCAUUUUAAGCAACUUUGUGAAAUAACUGCAAUUGAGGUUGAAUUGACUCCAGCACUACACUGUGUUGGGUGUAACUGUCUCUUUCUCUCUCUAUCUGGCUGCAGUGUAAGACAGAGCCGUACUCCCAGGGAGAGUACAAUGUCUACAGCACGUUCCAGAGCCAUGAGCCGGAGUUUGACUACCUGAAGAGUCUGGAGAUCGAGGAGAAGAUCAACAAGAUACGAUGGCUGCCUCAGCAGAACGCCGCCCACUUCCUCCUUUCCACCAAUGGUGAGGGACCUCUGCAUUAGCACCAGGAUGCUAUUACAAUGUUUGUAAAUGAUAUUACCAUAUUACCAUGUUAUUACACUAUCAUCCAUACAUUGUCAAUGUAAUUCCCAUAUGACCUGCUUCAUACACUGGUAGAUGCACCACUCAUGGUCUACAUUGAAUCUACAUUUUACAUUGACAUUUUAGUAAUUUAGCAGACGCUCUUAUCCAGAGCGACUUACAGUUAGUGAGUGCAUACAUUUUCAUACUGGCCCCCCGUGGGAAACGAACCCACAACCCUGGCGUUGCAAGCGCCAUGCUCUACCAACUGAGCUACACGGGACCUCUACCUAUCCCUCUAGCUUUUUAACUGACCACAGAUGAGAUGAUUUGAAACAGAUGAUUGGUUGAUUGCCGUGUCUGUCUCUCAGAUGAGACGGUUUGAGGUAUAUGAUUGGUGAAUAAUCCUGUCUGUCAGACAAGGCUGUUUGAGGCAUAUGCUUGGUUGAUUGUGCUAUCGGUCUCUCAGAUAAGACGUCUGGGGCAUAUGAUUGGCUUGAUUGCCCUGUCUGUCUCUUAGAUAAGGCUAUUGAAGUUGUAUGAUUGGUGUAUUGUGCUGUCUAUCAGAUAAGACCAUUAAGCUGUGGAAGGUGAGUGAGCGGGACAAGAGGCCUGAAGGCUACAACCUGAAGGAUGAAGAGGGCAGGAUAAAGGACCUCUCCACCGUCACCUCACUACAGGUACACACCUCCUCUUCCUCAGGCUUCUUUCUCCUCCUCUCCUUCUUUUUCUAUCUAUCUUCUCUAUCUAUCUCUAUCUCUCUAUCUGCUCUAUCUCUCUAUCUGCUCUAUCUCUCUAUCUCUAUCUGCUCUAUCUCUCUAUCUCUCUAUCUGCUCUAUCUGCUCUAUCUCUCUAUCUGCUAUAUCUCUCUAUCUCUAUCUGCUCUAUCUCUCUAUCACUCUAUCUCUAUCUGCUCUAUCUCUCUAUCUGCUCUAUCUCUCUAUCUAUCUAUCUAUCUCUCUCACUCUAUCUCUAUCUCUAUCUCUCUAUCUAUCUCUAUCUGCUCUAUCUCUCUAUCUCUCUCUCUAUCUCUCUACCUGCUCUAUCUCUCUAUCUCUCUCUAUCUCUCUAUCUCUCUCUUAUCGUUAUCAGGUCACCCUGGACUUUCUUUCUUUCUUUCUUUAUCUUCCCUUUGUAUCUAUGUUCUGUAUCUAUGUUAUGUGUGUGUUACAUGCACACACACAUGCACACACACACACACUCACACAUCACACACGCACGUUCUAGAUCGGACAGCAUAAGUAGGUCAGUGGUGAGUUUACAAAAGUGGGUCAUUGGCACAAGGUGUGUGUGUGCGCGUUUGUGUGUGUGUAUGCUUGUCUGCUUGGCGACAGUAAAUAAUGCCAGCUGUUAUGACCAGAGAAAAUAAAAAAUGUUUGGGGGGGGGGGGGGGGGUGGAACAGACUAUUGUUGUGUCUGUGUUGGUGAAAACACACCAAUACGCCUCUAUACUGUUUCACAUUCUUUGUUGCAUUCUCAUAUCAUCAUCCCGUUCCUAAAAGCAUAGACGGUGGAAGAAUUUGAACCAUGUCACAUGACCAAUAGAUACUGAACAAAGCAAUUAGUGAGAAACCCAGUUUUCUCUGCCUUAAUUUCCACAAGCGAUAAUAUCAAAUUAUUACAGGUAUUCCUAAUGGUUAUAUCUCCGUGGUUUUCCAUGUGCUCUCUGUAAUUUUGAACAAAUGGACUAAACUGAUGUAUUUUCUAUAAUCUUGAUUCUACGAAUGUAAAACCUUAUUUGAUCUCAGCGUUUUGAGUCUACUCACCACAUAGUACAUAUCUCUGUGUUUUCUGACAGUAUCUUCUGUCUUGUGUUUCAUGACUGUAUCUUCUGUCUUGUGUUUUCUGACUGUAUCUUCUGUCUUGUGUUUUCUGACUGUAUCUUCUGUCUUGUGUUUUCUGACUGUAUCUUCUGUCUUGUGUUUUCUGACUGUAUCUUCUGUCUUGUGUUUUCUGACUGUAUCUGCUGUCUUGUGUUUUCUGACUGUAUCUGCUGUACUCUGUCUAGGUGCCGGUGUUGAAGCCCAUGGAUCUGAUGGUGGAAGUGAGCCCUCGGCGUGUGUUUGCCAACGCCCACACCUACCACGUCAACUCCAUCUCCGUCAACUCUGACCACGAGACCUACAUGUCAGCUGACGACCUGAGGAUCAACCUCUGGCAUCUGGGCAUCACCGACCGCAGCUUCAGUAUCCUUUAGAUCAGACAAUUGGUCAAUACACACACACACACACGCACAAAUGAACCUACUCACAUAUAGACACAGACUCCAACCGAACACACACAGUGAUGUGGGGGAGGGGAAUAAUUCCCGAGGAGUUUAAAUGCAGCUUAAUGAAUUAUUAAAACUGUUCCAUAAAUAUUUCACUCCUUUUCUGGAUUAUAAUGCGGCUGAAUAGAACACACACACUCCUCGCCCCGGAAAGGAUUUGCAUUGUUACAAUUCAAAUUCAUUUGGAAUUACCCUCCCGCUACCCCUAGAGGUGUGUGUAUAAUAGUAUAUGCAUUGAUAUCAGUGUGUUUUCGCGUAUAAUUUUGAAUAUGUACUGCAUGUAUGUGGUACUAUGUUUUUAAUCAAACACACACACAAUCAAAUUAGUAUGUAUGCUAUUUUAUAUUAUACAUUAUAAACUGGGUGUUUCGAGCCCUGAAUGCUGAUUGGCUGACAGCCGUGGUAUAUCAGACCGUAUACCACGGGUAUGACAAAACAUGUAUUUUUACUGCUCUUAUUAAGUUGGUAACCAUUUUAUAAUAGCAAUAAGGCGCCUCGGGGGUUUGUGGUAUAUGGCCAAUAUACCACGGCUAAGGGCUGUAUCCAGGCACGCCGCAUGGGUCAUGCAUAAGAACAGCCCUUAGCCGUGGUAUAUUUGCCAAAUACCACACCCCUUCGUGCCUUAUUUCUUAAUUGUUUAAUUAUUAUCAUAAUUUAUGUGUAUACAGUACUCUCUGCUGUAGUCUUGAACCCCUGUGCCCCAGACAUCGUGGACAUCAAGCCAGUGA